GGGCCGGGUCCGCGUUCACAGCGGCGGAGGCAGUUGCUGGUCCCGGUCCCGGUGCGGCGGGUCCCGGUGCGGCGGGUCCGCCAUGGACCUGCACAUCCUGGAGCACCGGGUGCGGGUGCUGAGCCUGGCGCGCCGCGGGCUCUGGCUGUACACCCACCCGCUGCUGAAGCUGCUCUUCCUGCCCCAGCGCUGCAGGUGCAAGUUCUUCAGCCUGACGGAGACCCCCGAGGACUACACCAUCAUGCUGGACGAGGAGGGCUUCAAAGAGCUGCCACCCUCCGAGUUCAUGCAGGUGGCAGAUUCAACGUGGCUGGUGCUCAGCGUGGUCUCCAACGGCCGGGCACCCUCUGGCAGCCAGGCCACCGGCGUCACCAAGAUCGCCCGCUCCGUCAUCGCGCCGCUGGCCGAGCACCACGUCUCCGUCCUCAUGCUCUCCACCUACCAGACAGACUUCAUCCUGGUGCGGGAGCGGGACCUGCCGGUGGUGAUCCACACGCUGGCUGGGGAGUUCGACAUCUACAGGGAGGAGAGCGGCGAGUGUGUCCCUGUCACCUGCGAUGAGGUCAGCAACGGCUUCCUCAAGGCCAAGCCGGCCACCAGCCCCACGCUGCACCCCGUGCAGAGCCCCCAGACCCGCUUCUGCGUCCUGACUGUGGCCCCCGACACACUGCCUGCCAUCGCCACCAUGCUCAUUGACGUCCUCUUCUACUCCCACAGCCCCCCGAGGGAGGCAGGGGCCAGCAGCCAGGACCUCGACUCCAUCACCUUCUUUGCCUUCUCCCUCAUCGAGGGCUACAUCUCCAUCGUGAUGGACGCUGAGACCCAGAAGCGGUUCCCCAGCGACCUUCUCCUGACCAGCUCCACCGGGGAGCUGUGGCGGAUGGUGCGGAUCGGUGGGCAGCCCCUUGGCUUUGAUGAGUGUGGCAUCGUGGCACAGAUCGCCGAGCCGCUGGCCGCCGCCGACAUCUCCGCCUAUUACAUCAGCACCUUCAACUUCGACCACGCGUCCCUGAGGAGGGCAUCGCUGAGGUCAUCCAGCUGCUGCAGCAGCGCCAGGACAGUGGCAGAUAGCGGCCGGGUGCCCCCGCAGUGGGUGGCCCGGUGCAGCGGCACCGUGGGCACCCCACCCCCUCUGUGCUUUGUCGUUGGUUUGUAAGGCUCCCCUCGGCGUGGGGCAGAGCCAGGUGCAGUGUCACUGCCUGUCCACUGGAAAUGUGUUGGCUCUGGGGACCUGGUGACCUUGUGGCAGCAAGACUGUCCCCACCAUGUCAUUCCAGCCCUACCCGCGUGGGGUUGGGGGGCUCAGGAGGAGAGGGAAUGUCCCCAGGGACCUACUGAAGCAGGGGACAUUUGAGGGACGUGCCAGAGAGCAGUGAUGUGCCACGGUGGUGCUGGGGGUGAGGUGUCCUCACACCCUUAGUGUCCCCAUGGGUGGUCUCCUUGGAUGAGGGGAUGGCCAUGAUGCCCUGGGGUACCCCUGGGCCAGCCCCAUGUGGGGUGAAGGCAUGCCUGGAGCUGGGUUCCCCUCCCCAAGAUCUCCUGGGGGGGGGGGGGGGGCUGUGGUUCAGCUCCGGCCCUGUGUGCCCUCUGGGGGCGUCCUGUGUCGCUGUCUGGGCUGUCCCCUCUCUGGGGGGUGAGGGUGUACCCCCUGCUGCUCCCAAGCUGUGUUUUCUCCUGGUUUUCAGUAACUCAAUAAAAGUUGUGUUCUUUUUA